AAGGAUAGAUAGGACGUAAUGUGUAUAUAUAAAAUAUGAAAAAAAAAAAAAGAAAAAAAAUUAAGUUAGAUUAUUUAAAAUAAAUUACGAUUAUGAUCCGUUCUUUCAUAAUAUACGCUCAAUGGUCGAUACACAAGCAGGUGGCAUUACGCGCAUUAUGGGGUUAACGUGACACAUCGCUGGAUGAACAUCAUCGGAAAAAUGGAUCUGCUUUAUACUGUCAAUAGGAAAGCUUUCUCAAAAUCAUUUUCAAAUCAAGAGAGUCUUUAUGAUGGACAAUCAUUAUGCACAUUGUCUUGUCGUAAUAUUGCGGCAUUUACGACAGUUACAGAAUUAGAAGACAGUAAUGGUAAAACAUGGGGUUCGCAUGUUUAUGUCGUUGAUUUAAAUAUGCCUUGGCACGUUCAUAAGGUACUUUCUAGUAAACAUUCAAUUACAGCAUUAGAAUGGGAUUUACCAGGUGACAAACUUGUGGUAGCUGAUUCAGCUGGAAAUGUUCAAUUGUGGAUGUUCAAAGAUCAUGUUCUUAAUGAUUGGAUGCUAAUAGGUUGUACUUGUUUUGUUGGUGAACACAUAUUAGGUGCAGCUUGGUUUCACAAUGGAAAAAAGACUGGUUUAGUAGCUGAAAAGAAAGAUAGUAUUCAUUAUAGUGAAAAAUUUAAUCAUUUACCCUUUGCUCCUUCGGUAAGACAAUUCGGAGGUAGAGCAGCUGAAGGUGUAUUAGUAGUUUCGACAACAGGAAUGGUUGGUGCUGUAAUGAUUACAAAAGACUUUCAAAAUCCUAUAUGUUCCUCUACCGAAAGCUUAGGCAGUACACGGCAUAGAAUAACAUCUGUUGAUCUUUGCUAUGGGAAAAAUGGACAUUUUUUGGUGGCUGUGAGUAGUGGUAGUAUUUGCUUACCAAUUAGAUGUUAUAGAGUAUUGGUACGUAAAACUGAUGAAAAGUGUACAAUUACGUCGCAAGCAUUACCAAGUUUUUUCUUACAAGAUGGAGCUCCAAAAGAUAAUACUUGUACAAAUGUUACACAUCUUAAGUUUGUAGUAAGGGAAGAUGCAGAUUCCUUAGUAGUUGCAGCAAAUAGCGAAAAUGGUGGUUUUGUAGAAGUUUGGGAAUUAAGGGAAAAGUCACAACCCGUUCAUAAAUUAUUUCAACCGAAGUCAUUGGAACCAUUUAAAACAGUAGUUUGGCAACAUCAGUCACAAUAUCGUUGUCAGUCAUCAGUUACAGCAAUAACUACAACAAAAUUGCCUAUUGUUACAACUUUACCUCCACCAAGUUAUGUUAUAGUAGCUUUAGCAGAUUCUUCAAUUCAUUGUCUCAAUCGAGAUUGUUUGAAAGAAGUAUCGUAUUCGUCAUUAAAAAUGGCAUGGAGACAAGAUGAACCUAGUAAUAAAUAUUUUAAAAGUUCAAUAUCUUUAGCUCAUAUGGACAUUUCAUGGCUUGGAUGCGUUCUUCUAGCAUGCGAUACUUAUGGUAGUUUGUAUUUGUACAAACUUUUGCCCGAUGGAGGACCAUCAUUAACAUUAGGUUAUGCUUGUACAUUGCUGGAAUAUUGCUUAGUUACUGGUUUAGAUUGGUUGGAUGUACUUUUAUGUUUAAGAGCCUCGAUGAUAGAAACAUUAUGCGAACGAUUAGACGCUUCUUAUACAAGGCAAACGCAACCCAUACAACAGUACCUUUAUGUGCAAUUUCUUUGUAUCAAAACAUCUUUGUACAGAAUGUUAGUAUCAGGUCAAAACAAAGCAGCUGAUUUAUCCUCUUUACUUAUGAUACAUUCAGUGGCAACAGCUUUUAAAUCAUUGUUAAGGCCGUCGGAUUUAAUAUCUCAUGACAAGGGACCUGCUGAAAGUUUAGCAGCGGUUAUUACAGAACCUAUUAGUGACGUCGAUAAGGUACUUUUACAUCUUGAUCCAAAGGAAUUUACAGUUGAACCAAGUACAUUACAGUCAUUACAGCAAUUGAUUCAGUGGGUUGCAGAUUUAGCAUUAAAUCUUCUAGCACGACUUCCCGAGCAACGAAUGCAAAUGAAAAGUGGUGGUUAUGAAUUACUCAAAGAUCAUAAGGCACUUAAUACAGUAAGAGAACUCCUUGUCAUCAUACGAAUUUGGGGUCUGCUUCGUCCAUCAUGUUUACCUGUUUUCCUACGUAGUGCUGAUAAUCUUGAUGUAUUGGCAUUAUUAUUUCGAUUAUUAUCCAAACUUGUUCAACCUAAUGGUGAAACACAACAACAAAUAGAUGAUGGUUUAAUAGAUGAUUGUUGUCUGCUACCAAAUCAAAUAAUGAUACCUCAGUUACAUCAAGGCAGUAGUAUUACUGCUUUAACGUCACCAGUACUUUUCUAUCAAAGUCUUCCUUUACAAUUGGAAUAUGGUAUAGAACCCGAACAAUUAUUAUUUACACCUGAAUUAAAUCCAGUGGAAGGCUGUAUGCAUAGUGGACAGGUAGUAGACACCAUUCGACAUUUAUAUCUUGGAAAACAACCACUUCUUGUUAAACAAUGCACAAGAUGUGGUGGAAAAGUUCAAGUUCAGAAUAUGACAAGGACAGCUGCUAUCAGAGCAUGGGAUCAAAGAUGGACGCGUGCUUGUCGAUGUGGAGGAUUUUGGAGAAUCCAUAAAACUUGUCUAUAGACAUUUAUAAGAAUUAUACAUUUUUUUAAAUGUCUUUUUUGUAAUAUAGUAGCUGUAUUAAGGUUUUCUACAUUCUAUGUCAAAUUAAAACACAUUUUUAUAUUGUAAUUAUUAUGCCAAAAAAUAAAUCAAUAGUAUUAUCUUUAA